UUGCGUAACAUGUGACCAUCAAACAAAAUCUUAUGGGCAUGUGGAGCUUCUUCGUGGCCAGCUCUGAUAGGCCUGGGUAUUUCUGCUUAUUCUCAACAUCCUAUCUGAUAUUCUGAGACUCAGUUUCCUCUCUAUGUGGGGAGUGACAAUCUGGCAGUAUGAGAUGAUGGCGUGAUGAUAACAGUAAUAUGUUACACCCACAGCAGAAGUUGUUGCAACAUGAUUCAAAAAAAAAAAAAAAAAAAAGAGACAUUGACACCAUUUAACUGCUCAUGACAAGUCUUUACAAAGUUUUCUACUAUGUAGUGUUUGCACUACUUUACUUAUAUGUUUGUUUUCCUUUGCAGUGUAAUAUACCAAACUACAGCUCUGACAUUUUAAUGUCAUUAUCAGGGAGGAAUCACAGCUCUACAGACACCUUUCAGUGCUCGACAUUAACCUGUCAAUCAGCUCUUAAACAUGAAAACAACUAAUAAAAAGCAGAACUUAAAUAUCCAUGUGUUUUUAUAGUUGAUAAAAGCAUUUUAUAAACCCCAAAAAGAAUCUCCCAAUUAGUAACAUGCUUCUCUUCAUACAGUGAUGAAAUUACAGCAGUGCGCUUGUGUGUUUUCCUGCUACCGUUUCCUUGACACUUCCUGUUGAAAGUUGGCCAGCACAUACAGAAGAAGAGACACAGAGAACCUCUGACAGAAAACUCUGACAGCAGCAGCAGAACAGACUUAAAGGCUGUAUUUAUGAUUUAGAAGUAGAAACUACGAUAUCAACAAAGAUCCAUUUAGUAAAGCACCAGGUGUUAGAGGAAACAACAAUGGAAUGACGGCUGGGGGAAUGAUUGGGGCAAUAAUCGUAUAACCAAGACUAUUAUAAAAAGAUACAGAGACUUUUUAGUUUAAAAUGUCAUCGAACAUUUAUGAGAAUCCAAAUUUGACUAUGAAUGUGAGAUACAGCAAAGGAGCUGGAGAGGACAGAGGAGAGAGAGAGGAGAGAGUGGUCGACAUCUACGAGAGUAUAAAUCUUCCAACAGAGGAUGGAGGAGAACACAUUCAGAAGCUUCUUCCAGCUGUUCAACGAAACCCUUUUAGAACUGCUGCACUGGUUCUGGGUCUGCUGUGUAUCCUGCUGUUAGCAGGGAUUGCUGUUUUGUCCAAGCUCUAUAUUACAGUCAUUUUGGAAAAGGAGAAGCUCAGUAUCAUUAAUGAGCAGCUGAAUAACAACCUGAGGAGCAACAAUCAAUGCCAGACAGAGGGAUGGAAGCAGUUUGGAUGUAGUUGUUACUACAUAUCUACUGACAUGAAAUCCUGGAACGACAGCAAGACAGACUGUGAGAAGAGAGGAGCCAAAUUGGUGAUAAUAAAGAACAGAGAGGAACAGGAUUUUCUCACUCAGAUGAAUAAAUAUGGAACUUCAUGGAUCGGUCUGGAGUCAAAGAAAACAUCCAGCUGGCCAGAUAAAUGGGAGUGGAUGUGGGUGGACGGAUCAAAACCACAAUAUCAAGGCUGGACUGUAGGAGUUAGUGUAAUGCCUGUGAACAGAUCUACAGCUUAUAUCAAUCUUCAGGGGACAUGGAUGCACACCAACAAUGGAUCCAAACAAUGGAUCUGUGAGAAACAGAUCAAAGAGCUUUCUUGGUAAUCUUACACUUUGACGUGUGUUGCAUGUAACUGUGAUGUAACGGGUCUGAACCGGACUAAAGACCCUCGCUGCAUGUCACUUCUUUUCUGAUAACUCUUCCUGCACCUCUGUCAAAGUGACUGUACACAAUAGAGGCAAACAUAAGAAAAUGAAAGGUACAAAACACCUCCUGCUGGCCAAAAUGUUCAAGACUUUACUAAAUAACACAGAGUCAGAAGAAGCAGACACACUGACUCUCAGAGCCUUAACAGUAGUGAAGCUAAAACAGUUUGUCCCAAGAGUAAGGCUAGAGGAAAGGUCAUAGAGCUUUCAGAAAAGGUUCAUCCACUGUGGUCCAUGAAGGAGCUCUGAGAAUCUAAAUGUUUCUGUCACAGGCUGACCCUGUGUGUGACUUCCUGCUGUAGUGUGUGUAGUAAUUUCCUGUUUUAUUUUGAAAUUUCUUGUGUGUGUUUUACUUCCCACCAGUUUGUUGUGUUAACUGUGUCUCAUUAACCCAUUAGUCUCUGUCUUUCCUCCUUUUAGUUGACAGAAUGUUAUAUUUUAUUGUGAUGUGCUUCUUUGCUUGGUUCUUUGCUUCUGACUGCCUUCACUGUGUUAUCUGGACGUGGAUUGAUGCCUGUGCUUGAUUAGAGUUGUCCUUCCUUAGAAUACUUUAGGCUGGUACUGACCUCUGCACACCAGGAACACCCUGAAAGACCUGCUGAUUUGGAGAUGCUCUGACUCAGUCGUCUUGUCAAAAAGAUCCUGACUCUUGCCAAUUUGAUCGGAUUCCAGCAAAUCAACUUCAAGAACUGAUUGUUCACCUGCUGUCUAAUAUGUCUCACCUCUUGACAGGUGCCAUUAGAACAAGAUAAUCAGUGUUAUUCACUUCACCUGUCAGAGGUUUUAAUGUUGUGGCUGAUCAGUUUAUGUUUGAUUGACAUACAGACAAACAGUAUCUGUUCUAACUGAUCGACUGUAAAACCUUAACUUCAGGCUGUUGUUUCUCUGUAAGACUAAAAAUAAAUGAGACAGCAGCAUU